UGUCCUCAACUUACUUACCUUGGAUUUUUUACUUUGUUGCUGAGUUCUUAUGGUUUUGUUGUGAAUUCUCAAAGCUUAAACACCAACUUGCAUGGCCACUACUCUUUUGGGUCCAUCUUUAACCAUAAUCACGUCCUACGCAUUCAGGAAUGAACCACUACUUGUCAGUACAAACACUCGUUCGCCACCAUGGCUUUCUUGUACUCAUCUUGGAAACUCUGCUAGAAACCAUUUUCAGGUCAAAUCCUCAAAUGGGCUUCCACUAAAUGCUGUUUCUUCUAGUGAUGGUUUAGCUGGAAGUUCAUUAUCCAAAGAGGAUACCAAGCCCCAACAACCUGAAGGAUCAUUUCCCUUCUCAGACUCAGAAUGCACAGGACCCAACCUUAGUAUAACUGUUGUUGGAGCUUCUGGAGACCUUGCUAAAAAGAAGAUUUUUCCAGCACUCUUUGCUCUUUUUUAUGAAGAUUGGUUACCUGAGAAUUUUCUUGUGUUUGGAUUUGCUCGGACUAAAAUGACCGAUGAAGAAUUAAGGAACAUGAUUAGCAGAACUUUAACAUGCAGAAUUGAUAAGAGGGAAAAUUGCGAAGAUAAAAUGGAUCAGUUCUUAAAAAGAUGCUUUUAUCAUUCUGGCCAAUACAAUUCUGAGGACCACUUUUCAGAAUUGGAUAGCAAGCUGAAAGAGAAAGAGGGUGGAAAACUAUCAAACCGUUUGUUUUAUUUGUCAAUACCUCCAAACAUUUUUGUGGAUGCGGUGAGAUGUGCUAGCCUCAAAGCUUCUUCAAAAGAUGGCUGGACAAGGGUCAUUGUUGAAAAGCCAUUCGGUCGUGACUCGGAAUCAUCUAGUGAACUAACAAAAUGUUUGAAGCAGUACCUCACUGAAGACCAAAUAUUCAGGAUUGACCAUUACUUGGGUAAGGAGCUUGUGGAGAAUCUAUCUGUGCUUCGCUUUUCAAAUCUUGUUUUCGAGCCUCUGUGGUCCCGGAAUUACAUUCGCAAUGUGCAGUUAAUAUUUUCUGAAGAUUUUGGAACAGAAGGAAGAGGGGGUUAUUUUGAUAACUACGGAAUCCUUCGCGAUAUAAUGCAAAAUCAUCUUCUGCAAAUACUAGCAUUGUUUGCAAUGGAAACACCUGUCAGCUUGGAUGCUGAAGACAUCAGAAAUGAAAAGGUGAAGGUUCUGAGAUCAAUGAGACCACUACAGCUUGAAAAUGUUGUUGUUGGUCAAUAUAAGGGCCAUAGCAAGGGUGGUAAAUCAUAUCCUGGUUACACAGAUGAUCCAACUGUUCCCAAUGGUAGCCUUACUCCAACAUUUGCAGCAGCAGCUCUUUUUAUUGACAAUGCUAGAUGGGAUGGAGUUCCUUUUCUCAUGAAAGCUGGCAAGGCUCUCCAUACUAAACGUGCAGAAAUUAGAGUACAGUUUAGACACGUCCCAGGUAAUUUGUACAAGCGAAAUUUUGGAACUGAUCUGGACAAGGCUACAAAUGAGCUUGUGCUUCGUGUACAACCUGACGAAGCUAUAUAUUUGAAGAUCAACAAUAAAGUUCCUGGUCUAGGAAUGAGAUUAGACAGAAGUGAUCUAAAUUUGCUUUUCCGAGCAAGGUAUCCAAGAGAAAUACCAGAUGCAUAUGAGAGGUUACUCUUAGAUGCUAUUGAAGGCGAGCGAAGGCUGUUCAUUAGAAGCGAUGAGCUUGAUGCAGCUUGGGCACUAUUCACUCCUUUGCUAAAAGAAAUUGAAAACAAGAUUGCUCCAGAGCUCUACCCCUUUGGAAGCAGAGGACCAGUUGGAGCACAUUACCUUGCUGCAAAGCACAAUGUAAGAUGGGGAGACCUUGGUAACGAAGACUCAUAAGUUGCAGAGCUCUCUUAUGAUUAAGCAUAUUCAUUCAGUUUCUUUUUCAUCAUUUUAUACGAUAUUUAUGUGCUUGUCUCACAAUUGGUUGGAAUAAGGAAUUUUCAUAUAGAACGAUAGCAUACUUCAGUAUGUACUAUAGCCAGUGCUUUCAGCACUUUUAAGUUGGAGGUUGGCAAGUUGACUUAAAAUUAUAACUAUUGCUUUGUACCAGUAAUGAAUUACAACUGAAGUCUGAAGCACUACUGGAGCAAAUACUGCUCAAUCUCAAAAUAUGUAUCUUAAUUUUUUGUUAUUGAUUUAAUGGAACAUUCUUUACAG